AUGCUUGCGCAAAUCGAUACCACCAACUUUUUUGGCGUGGAUUUUGACAAUUGGGUCGCAUAUCUAUCCUUUUAUCAUGGAGUUGAGGAAAAUCAUGACUUUCGUUUUUUAGUGCUGAAAGAUCUCAUUCGGUACUAUACCAUGCACGAAUUCCUGAAAAUUUUGUUCCAUCCAAACAACGGAGAAAACACUAAAGCGUUGGAAUAUUUAAAAAUGUUAUCUGGAUUUUGGCUGUCAAAGAAAAUUAGCCCGGUCGACGUCGUGAAGAUGAUUGCAAGCCACGAUGACAUGAUUCCUUCCUUUCUCGAUGAUAUACCUCGGUGA